AUGCCUUCUCCCCACACCGAGGAGUAUGAAGCAUGGAUGAUGCACAAUAUACACGUCCCUGAUGCAUCAGGCUUUUCCUCUGGCCAACGUCUGGCGAAGGUCGUUGAGGGAAGCAACUUUGUGUUGGUGAGAAGCUGCGAAGAGUUUGAGAGCAACUACUUAAAUCUAAUUCAAAAAACCUUCGAAAAACAUUUCAGAAGCCAGUUUAAUAUUGGCUUGCUUCCUCCAAAAACUGGAGAGAGCAAGAACGCAUCAAGGUGGGCCGACACAUGCAAAUGGCUGGACGGGAGAGAGCCCAAGUCGGUGUUAUAUGUAGGAUUCGGGAGCGAGUACAAGAUGCCCCUCAAUGAAAUACAUGAAUUAGCAUAUUCAGUUGAGCUUUCAAGAUUACCUUUCCUGUGGAUUCUAAGGAAGCCAAUAGGCGUGGAUACUCGGGAUUUACUGUCUCCUGGUUUUGUCAGGCGCACACGAAGCCAGGGUCUGGUUGUUCUUGGUUGGGCACCUCAGCAACAGAUACUCGCCCAUCCAGCAAUAGGGGGGUGUUUUUUCCACUCCGGCUGGGGAACAAGUAUAGAAUCUCUUGCUCAUGGCCACCCACUAAUUCUUCUUCCUAUGGUAGCAGACCAAGGACUCACUGCUAAGCUGUUAGUGGAAAACCAAGUUGCACACGAGGUCCCCAGGAACGAGGAUGGUACAUUUAGUCGGGGCGUGGUUGCUGAGUCCAUAAGACGAGUUCUUGUAGAAGAACAAGGCAAGCAGUUGAGGCUCAAGGCAACACAGCUGCAAACUGUCUUUGGCGAUCAUGAGCGUCAGGAUAAUUAUGUAAACAAAUUUAUGGAUCAUCUCAAAAACAUCACUACACAGAAGCAAGUGUAA